GGCGUCGGCCGCGAGCCGGCCCCCGCGCCACCCUGCGCUGCGAGGAGGCGCCGCGGCUGCGCUGCGGCACCUGCGUGCUGAAGGACGGCCGGCGGCUGGCGUACCACGAGGAGGGUGAGGGGCUGCCCGUCGUCGCCUUCCACGGCAUGGGCUCCUCGCGGCUGACCUGGCUCGGGCAGCGGCCGCUGCGGAGCGUCUGCCCCGGCGUGCGGCUGAUAGCCGUGGACCGCCCGGGCUACGGGGGGUCCUCCCCGCCGCCGGCCGGGUACAGCUACUCCGCCUUCGCGCGGGACGUGGAGGAGUUGGCGGAGUGGCUCCGGCUCCGGCUGCCGCGCUUCGCGGUCGCGGGGCACUCGUCCGGCGGCCCCUACGCCCUGGCGACGGCGGCCGCUCUGCCGGGGCGGGUGGUUGCGUGCGCGGCGAUCUCCUCGGACGCGCCCUAUUGCCACCCGUUGGCACCUGCGAGCCUCCGGGCCGCCGACUCGUUCGCGGAGUCCGUGGCUGCGAGCCCCCUAGGCUGCUAUGGCCGUGACCUCUUGGGGUUUGUGGAGGACAUGCGGGCGAGUGCCCUGCAGAAGGGCGACCCCGUCAAGGCCCACGCUUGGAAGUGCGGCGUGAGCGGCUGGCUUCUCGACUUCACGCUGGAGAGGCUGCCCUGGUCCUUCGCCGUGGAGGGUAUCGUCCUCGGCCCGCGGCUGACAGUCUGGGUGGGCGGCGAGGACAUCGAAGCCAUAUCCAUCGGGGCCACAUUUCUCCAUCAGCUGGUGCCUGGUGCUCAGCUGCGUGUCGUGGAAGGCGGCGACCACGGCUUCAAGUCCAAGCCAGAGCACUUGGCCAGCAUCCUGCAGGAGUUGAAGGCGCAGUUUGGUGGACAGUAA